GACACAAAUUGUGCUAACUGAAAAAGGGAACAGAGGAUAAGAAAGAAGAAUCAGUUAACAUCGUGGAUGGAUACCACAGCUGUCGCAAGGAUGUGGAAUGACACAGACCUUCUGAGAAAUGAUUCCUUUUCUUGUGCGUCCCCCUCUGUUGAGGGCUACCGUUACUUUGGUGUGCUCUUGGGCUCAGCAGUGACCAUAGUCGGAACUAUAGGGAAUAUUCUGACAGUGCUCGCCUUUGUGACUGAUGCGAACCUGAGGACACGUUUCAAUGUUCUCAUCGUAAACCUUGCCUUUGCCGACCUCCUUUACUGCACGAUGCUCCAACCGGUCAGCGUUGACUCAUAUCUACACCUGCACUGGAGGGGUGGAGCCACGUGGUGUCGUAUGUUUGGACUCCUCUUAUUCCUGUCCAACAGCGUGUCCAUUAUAACAUUGUGCCUUAUUGCUAUGAGCCGUUACUUGGUGGUUGCGCAUCGCACUUCUAGUUGUGCCCGUCUACUUCUGUCACAGCGAGGAGUGGCAGCGCUCCUCAUCUCCUCCUGGGUGCUGGGUUUGGCAAGUUUUGCCCCACUUUGGCCCGUCUAUGUGUUUGCCCCACAAGUGUGCACCUGCAGUUUUCACCGCACUAAAGGGCGGCCUUACACCACUGUACUGCUUUUCCUGUACUUCUUCUUGGGCCUGGGCUUCGUGGGUCUUUUCUACUUUCUAAUCUACCGCAAAGUGAGUGUAGCCGCCAAGGCUUUUCUGAAGUACAGGCCCAGUCGUCGCUCAUCAAAACGCAAGCAGGCUGAAGCAGAGGGGACAACGGAUGACAGUGGCAUCAGUGCUGGAGCCUCAACAACUCAAAGCUGUGAGAUCAGCAGUGAUGGAGCAGUGGCAGAGCAGCAUGGGAAACGAGCGCAGGAAGGCCAAACAACCCCAGAAAAUGCCAUUCAAAAUGUCUCAAGUGAAACAACCAGUAAAUCAUCUCAUGUAGUAAUUCAAAACACACCAGCAGCUGCCAGCUCAGGAGAGGACAAUGAAUUUAAGCGUGUGACACGAAUGUGCUUCACAGUCUUCUUGUGUUUUGUUGGAUGUUUUGCACCAUUUCUGCUGCUGAAUGUUGCUGAUAAGAAAAAUCGUGCACCACAGGUCAUUCAUAUGAUAUGUGCAAACCUCACUUGGUUAAAUAGUUGCAUUAACCCUUUGUUGUAUGCAGCAAUGAACCGGCAGUUUAAUCAGGCCUACAAAGACCUACUAAGCAAAGCACAUCCACUAAGAUGGAUUGGAAGAACUCAUUGGUUUACAUCAAGAUAAUUAAAGUGUGGUACUUUAACAGGUCCAUUCAAACUGGACAUGACUGAAAGCUACAGUUUUAAAGUGCCCAAGAAAUCAAAACGAACCAUAUGAUUUGUUAGCUCACAUUGCUAGUUUUGUGGUGAACAAUUCAUCUGUGCAGGUCAUUAAGACAAAAAAAAUAAUAGUUUACCCCUCUAAUCUUUAAUUGAAAUCUGAAAAUGCACUUCCUGUUUGUUUUUAGUUAUAUAUAUAUAUAUAUAUAUAUAUUAGCAAAUUAGCGUGGCUAACAUAUUUAAUCACGCUGCUCCAAUUAUCAGCUUUGACAACAAGCAGAAAUGUUGAGGAGGAGGAGGAGGUGUCUGUUAGGGUGUAUUGUAAUAACUCUCCCCAAACCCCUUUCCUGAUCUUUCUGAAUGAAAUGCCUACCGUAUUAUAUUCAUUCAGCUUGCAGUAGAAAAACAAGCCACGCCCACUGUUGUGUCAUUUAAUCUUCUGUUUCUCUAGGAACUGCGUCACAUUCCAAAAAAAUUAAUGGUCGCAGCUUCCGGUUCAUGUGGACUUUAAAGUGAUCAUGUUCAGUGAUUUAUAGUGUCCCUACUGUAAAGAUUCCAGUUUGUUUGAUAACCCCCAUUAACAUAUAGAAAUUUCACCUCCAGACUUCAUUGAUGUAUCAGCAUUAAUAAUGUUUACCCAUCAGGGUCAGAAAUUGGUGAGAAUUAGGACAUUACAUUAGGACACAGAUACGAUGUAAGAGAUUAAUUUUGCAACUUUAUUAUGAUGUUUGAAAAGUUCAAACAAUAUACUCACACUCAAGUGGUUCUCAACUUGUUUGAGUUUCUUUCUCGUGUUGAACACACAAGAAGAUAUUCUGAAGACUGAUAGAAAAAAAGCAGCCAUUGACAUCCAUAGUAAGAUCAAAAAAAUACUCUGGAAGUUAAGGAGCACCUAUUUUACUCCUUUAACAAGAUGUAAGAUAAGCCUUUGGUGUCUCCAGAAUGUGUCUGUAAAGUUUCAGCUCAAGAUAUCCAUCAGAUGAUAUAUUAUAUAAUGUAGACUCUGCCCAUUUUGGUGUCUUGACUACAGUGUAGCGGUUUAUGUAGCCUGUGGCUAUAAAGCAAAAUGAACUGCUUCUUCCCGCCCACUGCUGCCACGUGAAUGUUUGCUUCUCCUGUUACAGCAGAUAAACAGCAGUCAGUGAUAGAGACAGACACGGAUGAAGCUGAAAUACAGCUUAUUAGUCAUUAUUUGAUGUAUUUGUGGUGGAGUUUAUUUAAGCCUUUCUGAAACGUUGAGCCACACACAAAUGCCGUUUGCAGUACACACACACACACACACACAAACACAUUUAUGCGCAUUUAUUGACACCAUGCAACUGUGGUGAUUAUAGCGGUUAAGAAUAGGAGAUUUUACUGUCUUUAUUACAAACAUGCUCUGUUUUAAAAAUGAUUUAAACUUAUAAAACUUAUGAAAAGCACAGAGAGUUGCAACAAAUAUUUUAAUCCCAGUUUAUUUGCAAAAAAAAAAUUUUCUCUGGACAUAUGUAUACAGUUGAAGUCAGAAAUAUUAGCCCCCCUUUGAUUUUUUUUUCUUUUUUAAAUAUUUCCCAAAUGAUGUUUAACAGAGCAAGGAAAUUUUCACAGUAUGUCUGAUAAUAUUUUUUCUUCUGGAGAAAGUCUUAUUUGUUUUAUUUCAGCUAGAAUAAAAGCAAUUUUUAAUUUUUUUAAAACCCAUUUUAAGGUCAACAUUUUUAGCCCCUUUAAGCUAAAUUUUUUCUCGAUAGUCUAAAGAACAAACAAACCAUGGUUAUACAAUAACUUGCUUAAUUACCCUAACCUGCCUAGUUAACCUAAUGAACCUAGUUAAGCCUUUAAAUGUCACUUUAAGCUGUAUAGAAGUGUCUUGAAAAAUAUCUAGUCAAAUAUUAUUUACUGUCAUCAUGGCAAAGAUAAAAUAAAUUAGUUAUUUUUUAGAAUUUUUUCUCUGUUAAACAGAAAUUGGGGAAAAAAUAAACAGGGGGGCUAAUAAUUCUGACUUCAACUGUACAUGCUAUUAUAGAAACAUGGCGCCUGUCAAUCAAUUCAAUGGGUGGGAAAAAUCACACUCCUAUGUCACGUUGCGGUGGGCCUCAAAAUCACUGGGAUUUGGGUCCUAUUUUAACAUCAGGUUAUUUAAAAAAAAGAGACUUCUUGUGUUUACAUCACUCUAAAAUUUUCUACAAACAGCUUACAAAAGCUGAUUUUCAUCAUAGGUGUCCUUUAAAGGCUGUUUUUUUCCCAACAUUGAUCACUAUUUUCUUUGUGUUCAACUGAAGAAAGAAACUCAAACAAGUUUGAAACAAGUAGUGGAUGAGUGAAUGAUGGCAGGAUGAACUGUCCCUUUAAAUUUAUGUUUUGCCUUGACAAUAAGUUAUUAUUAUUGACAUGAUGUUUACAAUACAAACCAGCAAAAGAGUUUGAUGGUGGGUCAAAGUAGAUGUUGUUCAUCGGCAGCCAAUGAAGACCAAAAGCUGGCAUUAUACUUGCUAUGUAUUUCUAAUUUGAAAACAGUUAUGGAAGUGAAAAUGUAUGAGUACUCAUUUCUGCAGGUCAGAAUCUUUUUUUUAUUAUAUUUUAUAUUUUAGGAGGCAAUAGCCUUGUUUGUUGAGCAUAUUGAGCUUUAAACUAUCUCUUUCACGCUUGAUCUUUACGUGUUUCCUUAACACUUAAAAGCAGUUACAAUGUACAUGCACAAAAGGUCAUUUUUUAUAAAAGUUUAAUAGCUUUAACCUAAAAUUAAGAAUGAAUUAUGAAGAUGCACUCCAUUUAUUCUGUGGAGAACGGUUUGUAUAUUAAAUGCAAUUACAGCAUAGCUUUAAAGUCAUACUGUUAUAUUUUGUUAUACAUUUAACUUAUUUAUAUUGUCAGUAAGCUUGCACUAUUAAAUUUAGCUUGUUUUAGACGAUGUCUGUCAUGGUCUUUUUUAAGCUGUGGGAUUUUCCAAGUCUAUUAAAUAUCGGAAAACACACACAUACUUUCUCUCUUUCGUUUCCUUUUUUUCUGAUUGCACAAAGGAAAGGCAAAUGUGUGCUGCCACAGCUGUGACUCAUAAUGACAUGAAGAAUAUUUGUAACCUCAAGCACAACUGAACAUGGAAGUUUAAAGUGGGGUGAUGGAGAAAACAAGCACAGACACGUGUCACUGCUGCGUUUAUUACCUCACAUGUGAAACCACAAGGAUUUCUUAAGUCCUAUUUUGCACUUAUGUUCUGUUUCAACUGUUCAAGUAGUCUGAAACAAGAAGCUGGAUUUAUUAGUGUCAAGAUUUAGCAGGGAAUGCAUUUUUUGUGUGUUGCACAGAAUUUUAGAUACAAUUAAAACAAUGUAACUUGCAUAUUGUGAUUUCUUUCUAAAUUGUUUAAAUAAAAUAGUCAGCAAAAUGUUUUUGUUGUCU